AUGGCCAACUCAUUUUACAAGGAACCCGAGUUUGACACUAUCCAGCUGCACGGUGGACAGAAGCCGGACACUGCGACCAACGCGAGAGCUGUACCAAUCUAUGCAUCCACGAGUUUCGUGUUCAACAACUCUGCUCAUGGAGCUGACCUCUUCAACUUGAGGGCUACUGGGAACAUCUACUCUCGGAUCGGUAACCCCACUGUUUCUGUUUUUGAAGAUCGUAUAGCUGCCCUCGAAGGUGGUGCUGCCGCUGUAGCAACCGCUUCCGGUCAAGCCGCCCAAUUCCUAGCCAUCUCAGCCAUCGCUGACGCCGGAGACAAUAUUGUCUCUAGUUCCUUCCUCUAUGGCGGAACGUACAACCAAUUCAAAGUGACGUUCAAGAAGUUCGGCAUCGGCGUGAAGUUUGUCACGGACAACGACCCGAAAUCCUUCGCCGCCGCAAUUGACGAUAAAACUAAAGCAAUUUACAUUGAGAGUAUCACCAACCCUAAAUACAAUGUCCUCGAUAUACCCGCCCUCGCCCAGGUCGCCCACGACCAUGGAAUCCCGUUGGUUGUAGACAACACCUUUGGCAUGGGCGGAUAUUUAGUCCGUCCCAUCAAUUUCGGCGCCGACAUCGUUGUCCAUAGUGCUACGAAAUGGAUUGGUGGUCAUGGCACGACUAUCGGAGGCGUCAUUAUCGAUGCCGGCAAGUUCGACUGGAAGAAGUCCGGCAAGUUCCCCGGAUUCACCUCCCCAUCUGAGGGAUAUCACGGUCUCGUGUUCUGGGACACCUUCGGACCGGUCUCUUUCGCAGCCAAAGUUCGAACAGAACUCCUGCGAGACAUCGGCCCAGCCCUGAAUCCCUUCGGUGCAUUCCUUAUCUUGCAAGGCUUGGAGACCCUCAGUCUUCGUGGGCAGCGCCACAGUGAAAAUGCUCUGACAUUGGCCAAGUGGUUGGAGAAGCAGCCACAGGUUACAUGGGUGUCGUAUCUCGGUCUCGAGUCGCACGAAUCGCAUACUUUGGCCAAGCAGCUUCUUCGGCCGGACACUUUCGGCGGGAUGCUAAGCUUCGGGGUCAAGGGAGGAGCUGUUGCAGGAAGCACGCUCGUUGACAACCUCAAGCUGGCUAGUCAAUUGGCUAACGUUGGCGAUGCUAAAACCCUGGUUAUUCAUCCUGCUACAACGACACACGCCCAGUUGAAUGAAGAGGAGCAGAAAGAUUCUGGUGUUACUCCCGACCUAAUUCGGGUUUCUGUCGGCAUUGAAGCUAUUUCAGAUAUCAUUGCUGAUUUCCAGGCAGCGCUAGAAACUGUGUCAAAGGCAGUAGCAUGA